AAUCGAAGAAGCUGAUGCUGAAUGUCUCAUUUGUUUAUUACAUCUACGAGAUAUAAUUGAUCAGUCAAAGUGGGAAAAAACAUUUAACAUUAUAACAGAAAUACAUAACAUACGUAAUCGUGAACUGGCUAAUUUGACAUUCGUAGAUGAUUUUUUAAUUGGCCCUAAUUUAAUAUCAAAAUAUAUUACACAACUAUCUGAAAAUAAAAACAUCGGGAAAGUAUUCGACGUUUUAUUGACAGCUGAUGGUCCUGAAAUUUAUUUACGCAAAGCGUCGAUGUUUGUUCCACUAGAUACACCAGUUAGCUAUAAUCAAGUUUUACGAUCAACCAUAAAACGUCAGUGUUUGGCUAUUGGUUAUAGAUUAAUGAAAUAUGUACAUGAUCCAACAAAACUUCAUGGUAUUGUUAUAAAUCCAAAUAAACAAGAACAAAUAAUAUUUACAGAAAAUGAUAAAAUUAUUCUUUUAGCUGAAGAAGCUAUGCCGUUGACUGUUCAUCGUCCGAUUUCAAAUAUUUCACAUUCCGAUGAUUUAUGGGAACAAAUUGUUCAUUCUAUUGAAUUAGUUAACAUCAUCAGUCUGAUCAUAUCUACAACUUAUUAUGAUAGUAAAUCGUAUCGUCAAGAGUUUACUUAUGCAAAAGAUUCACUUAAGAAACGCUUGAUACCCAUAUGUGCACAAAAAAAGUACAAGCCGAUCGGUUGGUUAGGUAUUAGAAUCGCUGGUUUAACAUCUAUCGAUUUUAAUAACAAACUGUUUGAUAAUGCACUCGAAGAGCUUAUUGACACGAUCUCAGAAGAUCUGAACAUGACACUCAAUUCUUAA